AUGGAAGACUGGCAUACACAGAAUAUUAUACAUAACGGCAUUGGAUAUUAUAUGAACAUUAAUAAGUUUCAUGAAAUAUCCCUAGUUGCCAGCAAAGAUUUAGAUCUAACAGGAAGUUUUCCGGCAAUUUUAAAAGAUUGUUUAGACGAAAAAUCGUUUUCUACACUAGUUCAAUAUAUAAAUGAUCCAUUAUUCAAGAUAACAUACGUAAAUAUAAUAUUUCUGUUGAAAAGUUCCCUUGUUUAUCGUUGCAAAUCUUUAAUAGAACAAAUACAAAAUAUUUUAAGUGCUCCAAAAUAUGCAGACCAAGCAAUACAAGCUAUUGAAUUGUCCUACCAAUGCCAAACUAUAUUAGAUAUUCUUGAAAAUUACAUUGCUCAUAAUUUCACUAUUUUCGCUCAUAAACCGCAAUUUGUUAAUAUUCCUUGUCACAUAAUCUACAGAAUAAUCACGUGGUAUAACCAAACAUUCGAAGUUACUAACGAAAUUUUAGAAUUUUAUUUCAAUAUCCUCCAAAUCAGAGGAACACAAGCAACAUCUCUUUUUCUAACGAUAAACUAUGCCAAGCUUUCUCCUCAAAUGAUUACGCGCAUUCUAAGCAUGAAACAAUUAGAUUUUGAAAGUAUUGGCCCAUUAAUUAUGCAAUACGUCGAAAAAACAGAGCAGGAUCAUCAAGCUAUGCAAGAUUUACUCAACCAAAAGAAAGGACAAGUGUCAAACCUUAAAUCCGAGUAUGAUCGAGUAAAUGCAAUGUUAGAACAGACAGUACAAAGGCAAAGACUACUUACUUUGAAGCAGGCCGACCUUGAAUCGAAGAAAGACGCAUUAAUCUCUGAGUUAAAGUCACAUUCGGAAAAAUCUUCCCAAUUAGAAAAUCAAAUUUUACAAAUUCGUGACGAUACACAGAAAAUUGUUAAGCAGAAAGACGAAAUAAACAAUCAGAAGAAUUCUGUGCAGAGAGAUUCCGAAGAAAUGAUCAACGACAUCGCAAUUCUCAAACAACAAAUUGCUGAUCGCGAAAUGCAACAAAAAGCAGCUGCAGCAGCCAGAGAACUUGUCAGGAAAGACGAGGAGAUGAGACACAGACUCGCAGAAAUGCAGAAACAAGAGGAAUUAAAGAAACAAGAAGAACUCAAAAAACUUGAAGAACAAAAAGUGACAGAAAAUUUAGCUAAUUCGAAUGAAAACUCCCAAAACAAUUCAGGGGAAACAGAACAGAAGCAGAACUAUGUAGAGCCAUCACUUACUAUCAUUGAAUUCGAUCCGAAUGCCUUCAAAAAAGCAUUUCUUCAGAAGAAAGACAUAAAAGUUGAGAUGAUUUCACCUCCUGCGACAAAAUACUCAUUAUCUGCUGAAGGAUUCUCAAGAGCUUGUGAAUUGGAGUUCAUGUGGACAUGUGCACAAAAUUACGAUGAAAAGUAUAGAUCAAGUUACGGAGCUUUGCUUUUGAUGAAUGACCCUCAAUCUUUGGAUUUGGCCGCGUCACUUUUAUUUCAAGCUGCAGAAAAAGAGGAACCAUACGCAUUGUACAACAUUGGCGCUCUGAUAACAAAUGGUUUAUUGGAAGGGGAGAGAGAAGAUGCUGCUGAUUAUAUUUGUAGGGCUGCAAUGAAAGGAGAACCCGAUGCACAAAUGAUUGUCAAGAAAUUGGUCAAAUGGGAUGUACCUGCAAGAUAG